UAAAUCCUAUUUCAGAGAAGAUGCCGUUCAAGAAGUUUGUCGAGAUUGGGCGGGUUGCCUACAUCGCCGAUGGGCCUGAACAGGGUAAGAUCUGUGCCAUUGUUAACGUGAUCGAUCAGAACAAGGUCCUUGUCGACGGACCCACCUCAGGAGUCAUCAGACAGGCCUACCGUCUGAAGCAGAUGCACCUAACCCCGAUCAAGAUUAACUUCCCCUUCGAUGCUCCAACUAGGAUUGUCAGGAAGGAGCUUACCGCCAACAAGGUUGAUGAGAAGUGGGCUGGAUCUAGCUGGGCGAAGCGUCUGGAGAACAAGAAGAAGCGCGCGAACAUGACCGAUUUCGACAGGUUCAAGCUGAGGAAAGCCAAGUCUGCCAGAAACAAGAUUGUCACAGUUGCCCUCAACGGAAAGAAGAAGGCUCUGAAGAAAGCUGGAAAACUCUAAAUUAUAGAUUUUUUAUUCAACCUCAGCUCAGGACAUUCUUGAAUUUCAGA